AUGGAAUAUCUGAAGCGAGAAAUACCAACUUGCGAAGUCUGCCAACAGCCCGCUAACCAAACGUGCGGCGGCUGCAAGCAAGUGUACUACUGUUCAAAAUCACAUCAAAAACAAGGAUGGAAGGAAGGUCACAAAUCAAAAUGCUACUCUUUCAAAAUUCAAUUUUCCCCGGCUCUAGGCAAACACAUGAUAGCUACUAGAGAUAUAAAACAAGGUGAAAUUAUUCUUAAGGAAAAACCGGCUGUAGUUGGUCCUGGAAUGUCCUGCACAGCACACUGUUUGGCUUGUGGAAAGAAACUAACACCGAUUGAGAUAGAAGAAAAAUUUGAUUAUUACAAAUGCCCACAAUGCAACUGGCCUAUGUGUGGUCCUGAAUGUGAUAAAUCUGAAGUUCACAAGAACGAAUGUAGAAUUAUGGCAGACAGAGGUUAUAAAUGUAGUAUAAAAUAUGAAAAUGCAGACAAAAAUGAAGCUGCAUAUUGUGUUAUUACACCACUAAGAAUUUUGUUAAUGAAAGAUUAUAAUCCUAAGCAAUUUGAAAGCAUAUUAAAUCUAGAAUCUCAUUUAGAGGAUCGAAAGCAAACACAAUUGUACACUUUAUUAAAAACUAAUCUGGUCACUUUUAUUAAAAAUGUCAUUGGAUUGCCUUUCAAGGACGAAACUAUUUUGCAAGUGGCUUCAAUUUUUGAUACCAACUCAUUUGAUGUUAGAUCACCAGAUGGUACGAAAAGGUGUAGAGCAAUUUACGUUAUGGCUUCCAUGAUGAACCAUAACUGCAAACCUAACACACGACAUAUAUUCUUAGGAGAAGAUCACAAUUUGGUGCUACUCGCGACUGUACCUAUUGCUAAAGGCGAACUUAUCACUGCUACAUAUACUCAGUCUCUGUGGGGAACUUUGGAUAGGAGGAAACAUUUGAAGCAAAACAAAUGUUUCGAUUGCGAAUGUGAGCGAUGCCGAGAUCCAACCGAAUUUGGCACUUAUCUAGGAAAUAUAUAUUGCUCAAUGUGCAAUGGACCAUUUAGCAACAACGGCUUAUCAAAAAGAGCUAUGCUUAUAUCGACGAAUACCCUAGAAGAAACUGCACCUUGGAAGUGCGAGAAAUGUGAUCACUAUAUUCAAAGCAGGCAAAUGUUCUGGGGAAACAACGCAUUGAAACAGGAAUUGAAUGGGCUCAAUAAAACUGGUCCACAAGAGUUGGAGGAGUUCAUAGAAAAGUACAAUCUAACUUUGCACCCUACCAACCAUUUAGUAAUUCAAGCUAAAUUAGGUUUGGCGCAAAUUUAUGGCAACUACAAAGGGUAUACCUUGACAGAACUUCCAGAUAACCUGCUGAAACGCAAAAUUGAUCUCUGUGAUGAGUUGUUGGAGUUGGCGGAGAAAUUAGAACCUGGUUGGACUCGAUUUCGAGCAACAAUUUUGCUGGAGCUGCAAGCUGCUCUGUCAAUGCAAACUAAACGAGAGUAUGAAGAUCAGAAGCUAACGAAAGAAGGUGCACAGGAUCAGCUUAUGCGAAGCAUGGCCCUCCUGCAAGAAGCUGUAAAUAUUUUAAGCAUUGAGCCUCAUAUGACUGAAAUCUUAGAGGCAAAGGUCAAGGAACUGUCAAGUCAAAUGGACGCAGCGAAUAGUAUUUGA